UUCCUCCAAUCCACUGGUCAUCGUUCUGUGGAAAUUAUAUUCCUUUCUGCCAAUCGGCCAAUUAUUAAGGAUCAUCGUCUUAAACUGUGAGAGAGUUUAAGGACCAAUAGCAAUUGACUGUCCGUCCCCAACUUUUUCUCUCUCCCCUACUCUGAAACGUUACCUCUAGAAGAACCAAAAGAAGAGAUGAGCUCUUCGCCGCACCGUUCUCGAGGUGGUACUAGCAGUGGUGGAGAGGAGAGACCUAGAUUCUUCGACCAUAAUGCCAAAAAGAUUUGCUGGGCCAAAGCUGACAUUGUACCCGGUCGACACCCUGAGAGGUGGCGCAAAGACGCUGCUGGUAACAUCGUUUGCAAGCGCCUCUGUAAUUGCCAUGGUUGCCUCUGCUUCCAGUACGAUCAUAUUGUUCCCUUCUCGAAAGGUGGUGAAUCUACUGCUGAUAAUUGUCAAAUACUUCAAACGAGGGUCAACAGUUUUAAGUCGGAUAAAGAGGAGGUGGACAAAGCCCAAUUGCGAGGUUACUCUUGUGAUCUCAAGUUCACUGAUAAGGAGCUCGACAUAAUCGAAAUGGCUGUUUAUGGGGAUGUAAUCCGGCCUGGAAACCAAUGUCGUUGCAGAACUGUUGCCGAAAUGCUUGGCCAACAAAAGUCAAAAGAUCGUGCAGCUGCUUGCAAAUUGCCAUAUGGUGAUGAAUCUUUGUAAUGUAGCAACAAAGAUCGUAAUAUUUGGUCAGAAAAUUGCUGAAAGAACUUCAAUUUUGUAUUCCAUGGAUUUUUUUUUUUUUUUUCUCUUUAUCAAUUGUGCAUCUUACAAAGAUGAUAUGAAACCUAAUAUGAGGUUGAGUCAGUAGAAACUAGGCACGCAUUUUUAUUGAAAUUGAAUCACCUGUAACAUUGUAGCCCAUGGUUAGAAUAUUUGAAAAUCAGUUGAAGUACACCACUUGGCUUGUCUUAA